UACCCUAGAUGAAACCCUGCAAAGAAACAUACAGCACCCCUUCCUCCUCCUUUCUCCCUUCCUUUUCUUGCCCAACUUCUGUAUUUACAGGACCCAAAGCUCUUCAGCAUGCGUAAAUAAAUAGAAGGGUAAAAAACAUAGCUUUGGGGAGCCUGGAUAACUGCCAGCUUGCCUGGACUUUGCAUGGAGCUGGAAAGGGUGUGUUUUUAAAAGGAGGGAAGCAGAAGAGAACAGCUCAAGAAUCUUGGCUCAGCCUGGGCACAUUUCCUCCUAACUCUGGCUAAACCUCAGCACGAACGGCUGGACGGAGGAGUCGAUACGAAGCCGGGAGGGAGGCUGCAGAGCUCUCCACCAGGACUACAGCAGAGCUUGGAGAGGCUGAAACCAUGCUUUUCCUUUGGGUGCUGGCAUUCGUUUUAGUCCUGCAGGAGCAAGAUUGUUUAGCUGCUGCAGACCCCAUCAGUGUGUUACCUGGAAAUCUGGGAGGAGGAAGCUGGUGUAAUGAACAUGAUGGAAUCCAUGAACGCUUAGAUAUUAUUGAAGAGAAAGUAAUAAAAACAGUGGAGCAUCUAGAAUCAGAAGUCAAAUCACUCCUCAACAUCAUCAAUGAGACAACAUCAAACAUGCCCAUUGCUCCAGGAACCCCACUCAUAGACAUUUUGGAUGAUACCAGCUGAGCACUGCAAAGACAAGAUGGCUGAAUGUAACGGUGUAUUUGUCAUGAAGAGUUGCACUUUGAUAAGCUUGAGCAUGGAGGAACAAUCCCCAACUGUAGUUUGCCUUCUGUGAUCCUGUGCUUUAUAAUAAACAAGUAUUUGCUUCUAGACACUA